AGUUGGGCAACGGCGACGACGGCGAGUUUGGCGUUUUGGCCGUUUUGGCUGUUUUGGCGGCAAGUGUUUGGCCGUCCGUCGGCGUGUUGGUGUGCUGCCAGUUCUGUUGCUGUCGUCGCACGGCUUUCUCGGGGUACUUCGUUUAUUGAGAAGGUUUGGCCAACUCAUUGAAGACACACGAGGUGAGGCUUGACGCCGGCACAUCCGAGAUGACGCCCUUCUGCGUGUCCGGAUUCUCCGACGCCCUGGACUGGAGGCCCAUCUCCUUCCUGGAGCCCCGCGCCGCACACAGCGCGUGCGCCAUCUGUGGACUGCUGUCCCUGAGAGCCAUCAGGCUGUCUUGCAAUCACACGCUCUGCCCUGAGUGCCACGGGGAGUGUGCUCGGCAGGGGAGCGCAUGUCCACUCGACGAAGAAUCAUUCGGCGACGACGACUGCUUCCCAAUCGAUCUUUCAAAAAACUACCUCCGAAAGCGCCGGGUGGCCUGCUGGAACAAGCCCAAUGGAUGCAGCUUUGUGGGUCCCUUUCACAGUCUGCUGAAACACUACACCGAGUGCACCUUCCACGUCGUGUCUUGCCCCAGGUGCUCCAUGUCCAUGCCAAGGAGCGAGAUUGUGGGGCACUGCAGACGCGGUUGCCGCGUGCCCACCGCUUCACUCGUAGCGGACACAGACCGCGCUAACCAGGGUUACGACCGUAUCGAGCAGACGAGCAAUGAAAUCAAGGAUGCAUUGGGCAAGCUUUCUGACGACUUGUCCUGUCUGCACACCAGCCUCAACCAUUGCCGGGAAGACAUUAGGGAAGCUGAAAGGAGGUCCAAAGACCAGCUGGAAGCUCAGUCUGCGACACUUCUUGAACACUUCUCCAGGUUGCAAGCCAAAGGUCCUGCUCUUGUAGAGGCCAGACUGAGCGAAGCUGCUGGCUACUCCGACAAAGUGGAGAAGGGGUGCCAGGCUGGGCACUCGAGAGCAUGUGUCGAAUGCCCGCCGAACGCCUCAGGGAGCUCGCGGCAACAGGUGCCUCCUGAUGUCCAAGGAAAGGAAUUCUGCUGGAACCUUAAGGGAUCCACAGCUCUGGGAAACAAAGUAGAGAACAAUCGGACGGUGAAACCUAAAAGACCCCGACCUGACAUCUCCUUUAUUGCGCCGCUACAGCCACAUGCACCUCAAACUCAAUUCGCAUUGGAAAUCGAGCAACAUGUCCCCAAGUGCAACGUGUCCCAGGUGGACUGGAUGUGCGAGGAGGCCAGCCACUCUGACGGGGACCUCCAGGCCAUGGUGCACGACGCCAGCAGCGACGACCCCAACCUGCAGCUGAGCGCUCUAAAGUCAUUCAGGAGGCUUCUUUGGAAUGACUUUGCCCCUCCCAUUGACGACAUCAUCCACUCGGGGAUCCUGCUCGUCCUGGUGCGGGCCCUGUGUCGGCACGACAACCCCUCUUUGCAGCACGAAGCGGCACACAUAAUCAGGAAGAUUGCAGAGGGCACAUCGCAACAGAGAGAGGCAGUUGUAAAAGCAGGUGCAGUACCCUCUCUCCUGGCCCUCAUCAGGUCACCGCACCAAGACUUGUGCGGGCAAGCGCUGUGGGCCCUGGGAAUUGUCCUCGAGGACAGUUCCUUCAGUUUACGUAUCCGGAACUGCAUGAUCCAGCAGCACCUGGUGGAACACCUGCUGUCCCUGGUCGAGGUCUGCACGCCCCCGUCCUUGCUGCGCAUUGUGACCUGGGUCAUUGCGAAACUGUGCCGGGACACGGACCCGCUCCCUCCCCUGGACACGAUCAAGGAGAUCCUGCCCUCCCUCUGCCUCGUCAUCCACCACACCGACAAACGGAUCCUGCAGGAAACGGCGUGUGCGCUGAAGUACAUUGCCUACGGCGAUGACGACCGGAUCCAGUGCAUCAUUGACUCCGGGGUGGUCCCACACUUGGUGUCCCUGCUCAGUCACAAGGAGGUCGAGGUGCUGAGGCCAGCGUUGUUGGCGGUGGUCGCCAUUUCGGCGGGCAGGGACGAUCAGGCGGAGGUGCUCCUAGAGUGCGACACCCUCACGCACUUCCCCACUCUCCUCACGCACCUCGAUGAGGGUAUCCGUGAGGAGGCAGUCCGUUUCCUGUCCAACAUCUUAGCAGGCGACCACCAGCAGAUGCAGGCGGUCAUCGAUGAAGCACUUAUUCCGAUGAUCAUCCACUGCCUCAAAAAGGGCGAGUUCAAAACGCGGCAGGCUGCCGCCCAGGCCAUCGAGAACUUGUCCACCCGUGGCGCCAGGUCCCAGGUGUUGUACCUGGUGGAGCAGGGUGCAGUGGCCCCUCUGUGCGACCUCCUCACGGUUGGGGAGAACCCCGAGCUGAACCAGACGGUGCUGGAAAGCCUCAACAGCAUCCUCGAAAUCGCCGGCACCCAGCUCUCUUCCAUCGCCAGCAGCAUCGAGGAGUGCGGGGGCCUGGACAGGAUUGUGUCCCUGCAGAACCACUGCGAAAACGAAACAAUCUUCAAGCUGGCAUACAAGAUCAAUGUCCUAUAUUUCGGACUACGUGGACAAAGACCUCCUCGCCGACGCCCCAGACGUCCGACCGGGGCUAACAGAUUGACCCCAACACACCAAUCCCGACUGGCGGAUUGAAGUUCUUGUCGGCUUGUUUUUUUCGUCCUGAAAAAAGUCAUGCGUGCCAGAUGCAAAAACUGUUAUACCAUUCCCUUUUUUUUUUAUAUACAAGCUUUUUUUGGAAAUGUGUAAACAUUUAUGUGUAUGCAAACUUUGUAUACAUGGAGACGAGCACUUGGAGGCAUCCAGACGUCACAAUGGCUGAAAAAGUGCAUGUGGCCUCAUUUGACACUUUGGUGCAUGCCCUAGAAAGUGGCCUGAAGUUUUUAUUUGGUUUUACUUGCAAGUUUUAAAUAUAAUAAAACUAGUUCAAUCCUGUU